AUGGGAGCGCGCGCGAUUCCCCCCGACAGGAUCGCCUUCGACGCUGCUAUAAGCGCCGGUGCUCUGGGUAUCCAAUGGGAGUCGGGCCUGGCACUACUGGCAUCAAUGGGAAGCCGUGAGAUCUGUCCGGACGAAGUUAGUUUCAAUGCCGCCAUGAGCUGCUGCGAACGCUCUGGCCGAUGGAUGGAGGCCCUUUCAUUGUUCGCUUUGAUCACAGAGCUUCAGCCACGCCCAGACGCCGUGUCCGUGGGCCUCGCUUGCAGCGCUGUUGCCGCAGCUCCCUGGCCACUGGCUUCGGCACUCUUGGGA